AUGGGACGGUUGAGUUGUAAGCACCUCUUUUUUGGGUGCUUUUUUGAGUCUAAGGAAGCCUCUCUGACAAUGUUAGUCUUUCUUCUGAUCCCAUGUAGGGUGACUACGGAUUAUAGAGCAGCCCCCAUCAUUCCAAAUGUAACUCUCCUUUGGGCUUGGAAUGUCCCAACUGAUGAUUGUGUUGGAAACUUUUCUCACUCACUAGAUCUGAGUCUGUUCUCUUUAGUAGGAAGCCCCCGGAAAACUGUAGUAGGGCAGUCUGUCGUACUAUUUUACACUGAUCGACUUGGCAUCUAUCCUCACAUAGAUGCAAAAAAUGUAGAACAUUAUGGAGCAGUCCCCCAGGCUGUGAAUUUACAAGAUCAUCUGAAGAAAUGUAGGACUGACAUUGCACAUUACAUGCCAGUUGACAAACUGGGCUUGGCUGUCAUUGACUGGGAAGAGUGGAGACCCACAUGGUUAAGAAACUGGAAACCUAAGGAUAUUUACAGGAAUAAAUCUAUUGAGUUGGUCCUGAAGCAACAUCCAGGAAUGAAUAUAAUAGAAGCCACCAAGAAAGCCAAAGAAGAAUUUGAAAAGGCAGGAAAGAGUUACAUGUUGGAAACAUUGAAAUUGGGAAAUUCACUUCGGCCAAAACACUUAUGGGGAUACUAUCUUUUUCCUGAUUGUUAUAACAACAAAUUUUCAGACCCCCAUUACAAUGGAAAUUGCCCUGAUGUGGAAAAGAAAAGAAAUGAUGAUCUCAAUUGGAUGUGGAAAGAAAGCACAGGCCUUUAUCCAUCUGUCUAUUUGAGGGGAGACUUGAGGUCUUCUAAAAAAGCUGCACUCUAUGUCCGCUACCGUGUAGUGGAAAGCAUCAGAGUAUCCAAAGUGAAGAGUGAAAAGAAUCCAGUUCCGAUUUUUGUCUAUAUUCGGCUUGUUUUUACUGAUAACACUACUAAAUAUCUUCUUCAGGAUGACCUUGUGAAUACAAUUGGUGAAAUUGUUGCUCUGGGUCCUGCUGGAAUUAUAAUUUGGGAUGCUGUGUCUUUAGCACAACGUUCGGCAGGUUGCCCCAGACUAUAUGAAUACAUGAAGGGUAUCCUGAAUCCUUAUAUAGUCAACGUCACUUUAGCAGCCAAAAUGUGUAGCCAAACACUUUGCAAGAAUCAAGGCUUGUGUACAAGGAAAAAUAUCAGCAGAAAUGACUAUCUUCACUUGAACCCAAAUAAUUUUAAGAUUCAAUUUGUGGAAAAUGGAAUGUAUGAAAUAAUUGGCAAUCCGACCCUUCAUGACCUGGACUACUUUUCGAAUCAUUUUAAGUGCAGCUGUUUUGCCAACACAAACUGUAAGGCAACACAUAAUAUGGACAUUGUGGAAAAAGUGCACGUGUGCACUGGUGAUAAUAUUUGCAUAAAUGCCAUUGUAGAACCCAACCUGGCAUUCUACCUCAUACCGAGAAAACGCCUCCUCUUUGUCACAGCACUCAUUCACAUCAUUUGCUACAGGGUCUCUCUGCUUUCCUAUGAAAGGUAUCAGUGA